AUGGCGGGCCCGGGCCCGAAGCGGCGCGCGGCGGCGGCCACGCCGGCCGAGGAGCAGGAGCGGCGGGCGCAGGAGCAGAUGCUGGCGGCGGGGCCCGGGGACGGCGAGGGCGUGACGCUGCAGCGCUCCAUCACGCUGGUCAACGGCGUGGCCAUCAUCGUGGGCACCAUCAUCGGCUCGGGCAUCUUCGUGACGCCCACCGGCGUGCUCCGGGAGGCCGGCUCUCCGGGGCUGUCGCUCGUGGUGUGGGCCGCGUGCGGCGUCUUCUCCAUCGUGGGCGCGCUCUGCUACGCCGAGCUGGGCACCACCAUCUCCAAGUCGGGCGGCGACUACGCCUACAUGCUGGAGGUCUACGGCUCGCUGCCCGCCUUCCUCAAGCUCUGGAUCGAGCUGCUCAUCAUCCGGCCCUCGUCGCAGUACAUCGUGGCGCUGGUCUUCGCCACCUACCUGCUCAAGCCGCUCUUCCCCACCUGCGCGGUGCCCGAGGAGGCGGCCAAGCUGGUGGCCUGCCUGUGCGUGCUGCUGCUCACGGCCGUGAACUGCUACAGCGUGAAGGCCGCCACGCGGGUCCAGGACGCCUUCGCGGCCGCCAAGCUCCUCGCGCUGGCCUUGGUCAUCCUUCUGGGCUUCGUGCAGAUUGGGAGGGGUGAUGUGUCAAACCUGGACCCCAGGUUCUCAUUUGAAGGCACCAAGCUGGAUGUGGGCAACAUUGUGCUGGCCCUGUACAGCGGCCUCUUUGCCUACGGGGGAUGGAACUACUUGAAUUUUGUCACAGAAGAGAUGAUCAACCCUUACAGGAACCUGCCCCUGGCCAUCAUCAUUUCACUGCCCAUUGUCACUCUGGUGUAUGUGCUCACCAACUUGGCCUACUUCACCACGCUGUCCACCGAGCAGAUGCUGGCGUCCGAGGCUGUCGCUGUGGACUUUGGGAACUACCACCUGGGCGUCAUGUCCUGGAUCAUCCCCGUCUUCGUGGGCCUGUCCUGCUUCGGUUCUGUCAACGGGUCCCUCUUCACGUCCUCACGGCUCUUCUUCGUGGGGUCCAGGGAAGGUCACCUGCCCUCUGUCCUCUCCAUGAUCCACCCACGGCUCCUGACCCCCAUGCCGUCACUUGUGUUCACGUGUGCCAUGACCCUGCUCUACGCCUUCUCCAAUGACAUCUUCUCCGUCAUCAACUUCUUCAGCUUCUUCAACUGGCUGUGCGUGGCCCUGGCCAUCAUCGGAAUGCUGUGGCUGCGUUACAAGAAACCCGGGCUGGAGCGGCCCAUCAAGGUGAACCUGGCUCUGCCCGUCUUCUUCAUCCUGGCCUGCCUCUUCCUCAUCGCCGUGUCUUUCUGGAAAACGCCGGUGGAGUGCGGCAUCGGCUUCGCCAUCAUCCUCAGCGGCCUGCCCGUCUACUUUGUCGGGGUCUGGUGGACAAACAAGCCCAAGUGGCUCCUUCAGGGUAUCUUCUCCACCACGGUCUUCUGUCAGAAGCUGAUGCAGGUGGUCCCUCAGGAGUCCUAG